GAUUGCCCUUUGAUUGUUUACAUGUAACCAGGCAUGCAUGAUAUUAUCGAUAAUCAAAUAGAUUAAUUGGAAAUUACAGGUUUUGACAGUUAAAACUGAUGGGGUCUGCACCGUUGUGUGGAGUAAAACCAGCUUCUGUCAUUGACUCCAUUUCAAAUAAAGACAUUUUAAACUCAGAGCAGCGCGGCGGAUCAAAAUUCCGUGGUAAUCAAUCUGCUCAAAUUUCAUGCACAGAUCAAACAGGAGAAGUUUUAAGUCCGGAAACUGCUCCAUUUAAACAGAAUCAAACGUCUGAUGGAAGAAUUUGUAACUCAUCCGUUGCAAAAAAUAAAAACAAAUCCGAAGAGAUUUUAGACAAUUCUGAACAAACAUUUGUUUACACAGAUAAAGCGAUUGGUAGUUCAGAACAUUUUUUGAAACCAGUUGUAGGUUUACCAGACGAACCCGAAGAUCAUUCAAUUACCGGUAAUAAUUCAAGUACGAAAUUGAAUUCUGAAAAAGGAGUUGGUAGUGGUUCAGGCUCUAAGAUGAUGUCCAUAAACACCCGUAAAGUGAAACCUGAAGCUAUUGAAGACGUGAAUGAUGUAACAGAAGCUAAGGACACGACACACCACGAAUCAAACGUUGUUUUGCAGAGAAAAGACAUUGAACAACCCAUAUUACGUAAUAGUGCAUACCGAGAGCAUCAUGUACCUAAGGAGAUCAUUAUUGAUACUAAACAUGGGCAUGCACCAGACGACAAAAACGUUUUUGAGGAGGAAGAAGACGAAGAAGUUAAUGAUGACGAUGAUGAAAAGAAGGAAAAGAAGCCAUUGACAGAAGAAGAAUUAAACGAAUUGAAGACAAAAACAUACAGUAAAUUGAAAACAACUGCAUCAGAAGUACUUGCUGUAGAAGACAAAAUAAACGAAGAAGGAGUUUAUAAUAUGAACAUCAGGAACGCAAUUUUACAAUUUUACAAUUCUUACUUUACCCUUAAACGCGGAUCGUUGCAGCAGAGAAUCCAGUUUCGGUUGGGCAUUGCCAAUAUUCUGCUUGAGACGAAGUUUAUGGGCCUGGUUUGUGAUUGUUUGAUCCGGAUGUACAGGCAAGGUUGGAUGGGAGAUGAUGGAAAGACGAACAAGAAAGCCUGCAACCCAAUGAUAAAUGCUGUCUUGACGGCCGUGAAUUUCUCUGAUUCAUCAGAUGCUAUUUCGAUAGAGCUGGCAAAUCAUAAGGAAUAUUUGGAAACUAUCAAAGAUAUUCUACUCAAAUAUGCCCCAAGACAUCUUCUGAGUCAGGAACCAACGUUGUCGAAAGAAGAAGCCAAGCUGAUGAAGUUUUGUCUGUCAGUCGCCCACAACGUUUCAAUGAGACCUAAUAACAACCAACGUCUCCGGACUCUCGACUUUACGAGCGUCAUGCAGCCCUACCUGACCUCUACUGACGAGAUGUUUAGUUUGACCGCUCUGGCAACAUUAGCGAGUAUAGUAAACGAGGCAGAGAGUGAAAUAAUCAAUGCAGCACAUGAUCGGGUUAAGUUUCUCCUAAAAGUUCUUCAGAAAGGUCUGGCAACCAAACUACGCCGCUGUAAUGGAUGGUCAUGCAAAGAGUGUGGUUACACAAUCCGAAUGAUUGCUCAAAAUGAUGCCAACAAGAAAUUGCUGGUUGAGCUUGGUGCCCUGGAGUUGCUCGUGAAAUUGGGUCGAACCGGCAAUGAAGAAGAGCAAUUGGAAAGUGUGCAUGCAAUAUGGGCUCUGAGCUUUGACAAAGAUAAUCAGCAGAAGGUGGUCAGUACUGAGGACCUAGGCGUACUGGAACUGUUGUUCGAACUAAAGAAAUCGGAAAAUGUCAACAUCAAGAAAGCUUGCAAUGGUGCAUUGUGGAAUCAUCGAGACAUGCUAAAGACAUGUGAGCUCCAAAAAUACAGAGAUUUUGCUUUGAAACUGGAAGAAGAUACAGCAGUCAGAGCAAAGUCAGAAGGAGUUAAUAAACGUUCCAGGGAAACACAUAGUGCUAAAGGCGAGGAAAAGGUCGACCGAGGUCACGUGAUGAUCUCCUAUCAGUGGUCCGAUCAAGAGAUUAUGAAACGGAUAAGAGAUCAACUCAAACUUAACGGCUUUAGAGUGUGGAUGGAUAUUGAUGAAAUGGGUGGAUCUACUCUACAAGCCAUGGCCAGCGCGGUGGAAAAUGCAGAACUAGUUCUGAUGUGCAUGUCACAGAAGUACAAGAACAGCCCAAACUGCAGAGCCGAGGCCGAGUAUGCGUUUCAGAAGAGUAAGAAGAUCAUUCCGUUGAAAAUGGAACGCGGCUACGUGCCAGACGGUUGGCUGGGAUUCAUCUGUGGCGCUAAAUUGUUCUACGAGUUUAGCGGGAAGUAUCCCUUUGAGGAUAAAAUGGCCGGCCUGUUGAAGGAGAUGGGGAAACAAUGGAACCUAGGCCAGGAGCAAAAGGAGCCUGUCAUUAAACCUGAAAUUGCAAAACCGAUCAACUCAGAACCUGCCCGAACAGUUGACCAUGUGGACUCAGGUAGAACAGUGUCUAGGGUAUCGGUUUCCAACAGAACCGUCGAAUCUGUGCGAAAAUGGACAGAUUCUGAUCUUAAAAGAUGGAUAGACAAAAACGAUCUGAACAGUGUUUUGCCGGGACGAAUCACUGUCGGUGAAGUUGCACUACUUCUUCAGAUGAAGAUUGACUCUCCAGAUUUCUUCUACAAAUGUCUACAUGAGAUGAUGAAGCUUUCGGAUCUUUUGUCGAUGUCAAAACUUGUUUGGGCAUUGCAAGAUAUCGAGAAACAUUAACCAGUGUAUGAACACAUAAUUUGUGAGCAACAUGUGAUAAUGUAUUUUGUAAAAUUUUUAAGAUGAAUUAUAUUUUGACAAAAAGAUGCAUGUGUGGUUAGUAAAAUUUUGAAUGUAAUACAGGAUUGUUCAAGUGGAAUAUUGAAUUGUUUGUGGUGAGCAAUUUUCUCAGGAUGUUUGUUAUUAAUUUAUUUUGUUAAAACAUUAAUAUACGUAUAUUUUGAGAUUUUAACAUUUUUCUAUCUAAAAACCGUUGAAAUUAUUUUUAGCUCGGAUGUUUUCGGAGAAAACCCGAGGUAUUGUCAUAGCAAGCUCGUCGUCUGCCGACCGGCGUAUGCCGUCCGGCGUCUUACAACUUGUAUGUAGCUGCACCUUGAUGAGUUCUACACGCCACACCCAUUGUUUGGUCACUAGGUCAAAGGUCACUGUGACCUCUAAUAAAAUAUAAACACUUUCCUUUCUUCCUUUUCUUCUGACAAGGUUUCAUUUAUUCAACACUGCACCCACAGCCGGGCGUUGGCAACCGCUAUGCGGUGCUCUUGUUUACAUUUAAUUUUGUCACUUAUUUUAUUAUUUAUUAAUUUCCUAUGCUUAUACCAUUUGAUAUUAUAGAAUAAAUUGUUGGUUUAUCUAUAGAAUCUGGCG